CAAAAACAUGCCUGGUUCCUCCCUCUGGCUCCUCCCCCCACCAUCUCACCCCCUCAACACCCUCCUCCCCUCCCUCAUAAAAUCAACUUCCUCCCACUUCGCCUCCCCGCACACCUUCCUUCCCCACAUCACGCUAACAUCCGACAUCCCGCCUUCCACCUACGCAGCAGAUCCCCAGACAUGGCUUGACGGGCUCGCCCUCCCAGCUGGGAAGGACGUACAAGUCAAAUUUGAGGGUCUGGGCAGCGAGGCUGUGUUUUUCCGGAAAUUAUAUGUCAAGUGCGAGAAGAAUGGGGGCAUGAAAAUGUUGGGGAGGGUGUGUAGACAGGAGAUUGAUGGGGAGGAGGAGGUGGAGAAGUGGGUUGAGGGGGUGUGGACACCGCAUUUGAGCUUGUUGUAGUGAGUAUCGUUUUCUGUGUUGGGGUUGGGUAGGCUGAUGUUGGGUAGCCAUGACUGCGCAAAAGUUGAUGAGGAGGAGAUGGUGGAGGUCGAG